GAGGUCAAAGUCCAGCAACUACUAAUUAAUCAAUACAGUGCAUAGAUUUGCGCAGGUCAGGGCGUACCUAGGCUAUAUAUCUCGCAAUGCAGCAGCGGUAGCCCCUGCAGUCACGGAUUUAUUGCACGACAGAUAACAUUAACAUAUUGAAUAGCUUCCAAUAUCAUUUACAACAAAGAAAUUCAUCAAGCCAAAAUGUACGACGAUAACGAAUGGCAUUCUGACGAAUCAGGAAAAACAUAUUUCAAGGCGUCUUUGGUGCUUGUGAUGAUCGUGUGCAGUGGAGUUUCCUUUGUCAUUGUGAAUACCAAUUCGCCUAUGCUAGACAAUACUACAAAGGAGCAAUGCAUUUCGGAGCUGGCGCUGCUAAAGAGACAAAUAGAAGUGGUGACGUCGUAUCAGAAGCGGAUGGACAAGGUGCUGACCGACACGCUGGCGACCCACGAUGCUGACAAAGACAGAUUUAAAGUUAUGAUCCAGAGCUGCUUCGCGAUGCCUCAGCAGUUUUACUUCUGCCAGAAGCGCUACAAUGCGAUGCAGGCCUCGUGCAACAUGAUCCGCGGCAACUACGCCAGAGUGGUUAAAGAGCUGAAUGUCCUGAAGAACACCACGCGACCAGGCUAAACGACAAUAAAUGAUAAUGCACGGAAUUCAAUGGAUUAGUCUAGUCUUUAAAAAUAGAAAUACGAUUCAUAACAAUUUCUGAGUGUUUAAUGUUAAGAGAUAUUGUCGAUUUUCUAAUAGAAACAUGAGUGUUGGGUGCCAAAAUUUAAAAAAUAAAUCCUGAGCUUAUUUUUAAAUUAGAUAAAAUCAUUCAAGAAACAGUUUUGACACUAAAUUAUUUCUUUAUAAUUUUCAUGUUGGUUAACGAGAUUUGGAUUGUUAGUCUGGGCCCAUAUCAUUCCAGCGAUAGUAGCUCUCUCUUAAUAGGUACUCAUAUAAGUAUUAAGUAUACUUUCGAACAAUAACUUGUCUAAUUAAUAUUUAAGUCAUUGGAAUGUUUAAUAAAAAUCUGUGAGUCCUUGUUCUAUAACUAUGUAUGUAUAUAAUAAUUUGCGCGGGAGCGAAUUUCUUUAUUCGUGAGCGAGUUCAUUGAAAUAUCAGUUUUAAUUCUAAGUGCCCUAACUAUAUUUACAUUCGUAUUGAAUCGUUACUAUAUUUUUAAGUCUUCUGAUUUGUAAUUAAUAUAUAUGGUCUAUCCUACACAUAUUUUUAUAUACUGUUUAUCUAAUUCCAUAAGUUAAAUUUAUUGCGACUGAUAUCUUUAUAAGUAACUUAUAAUUUUAUAAUGUAUCGUUAAGGAAAAUGUUAGUGAACGUCACUCUCUUUAAGAAUCGUUUGAGAUGGUCCAGCCUAGGGUAGUUACAUAAUAUAUAUGUAUAGCUAUGAACUAUGAAUGUAUAACACGCAUGUGAUAAAGUGAGACUAGAGUUAAAUAUUCAAACUCAACUUGCAAACGAAACAUGACGCACAAGUAUUGUUUACACGUUUUUGUUGUUUUUGUCUUAAAUUACUCCUAAUAACAAUUAAAAAAUUUGUAAUACUUCCCUUAUGUUUGCAAUAAUAAUAAUAUUGCAUAUAUUAUCAUAAUAAUCUGAGUCGUAAUAAUUCGAAAUCCUGUUUUUGCAGUUAUUCUACCAUACUUUAUGGAAGUAGAUGUUAAAGUAAUUGAAAGAAAAAAAAUUAAAUGUUGAAAAUCUU